AGAAGAGUUGGCGGCUGCGCCAUGGACGAGCUACAGCGUGCCCCCUCUUCGCCGUCCCAGGUCGAGCGCGCACCAGCCGUCCAGGUCUCGGCCAGCGGCGACCACGGCCCGGCUGGCGGUCUCCUGCAGAGUGCAGCGCUGCCGGGCGCCCUUGCUGCGGCCGCCGCCUGCCUGCUGCUGGCGCUGAGCGUGGCCUGCCUGCUGCAGCGUCGCCGGCGCAAGACGGACGACCAGUCGGCCGCCGACCAGGGCGCCUACGAGCGCCUAGACUGCAGCCGCUCACCCAGGGUGUCCAUCGCGGUGGCCGGCCCCAACGACCGCACGCCGUCGCCCACGUCAAGGCGCAGUCUUCGCCGCGGCACCAACGAGCCGCACUUCUACGGCGGCUGCAUAGCGCAGGAGCGUCCGAUCGACUUCGUGGUGCCCACGCUGGCCGGAUCGUCCCUGUGCGGCUCCGCUGCCAGCCUCGUGUCGGACGCCAGCUCGAGUGUCGCUGAACCCGCCGGGCCACCCUGCUCGUCCCCCGGCGACACUGGACCAGUUUCUCUGCUGCCUGUCUCUACCUCGCUGCUGGGCGGCCUGAACCCCGAGCUGUACCGGGUAACGGCGGACGAUGGCGCUGACGACGGCGAAGAGCGCAGUUUCCCAGAGAGCCACCGUGGCCGCAUCUGGUUUUCGCUGCAGUACGAGGACCCUCGCGAGAGUCUCGAGCUGCGCGUGAUCAAGGCACGCAACCUGCCCUCGCGCGUCUGCGGAUCGGUCAACUGCUGCGACCCCUUCGUCAGAAUUCAACUACUACCUGACGAGCGGAGAUAUCAGCAGACGAAAUUCAAGAAGAAAACUUGCAAUCCAGUCUUCGACGAGACUUAUAUAUUCCAGAUCCCGGCCAAGGCUCUAUCGGAGCGAGUACUCAAGCUGACGGUGCUGGAUAACGACCGCGGCAAGCGACACAACGUCAUCGGACACGUGCUCUUUCCUCUUCGUGAUCUGGAUCCACUGUCCGGCGAACGCAUCGUGGCAUGGAGAGACCUGGAGACGACCGUGGAUCUGGCGCCGCCGGACCAAGGGGAGCUGCUGCUGGGCCUCUGCUACAAGGCCGGCCUCGAGAGGCUCACCGUCACCGUGCUGGAGGCCCGUGGCUUGGUCGCGCCUCCGGAGAUGGGAAACCAGGCUUCCCUCGGUCAGUGUGCGUCCCUGGCCCCCUGUUCGAACACGCAAGUGAAGGUGACUUUCCUCCUCGAGAACAAAGUGGUCAAAAGCAAGAAGACAUCCGUGGUCAAGCGCACAUCGGAACCCAAGUUUAUGGAGUCAUUUGCGUUCCGCCUGACACCUGCAGGGCUGAGUGCAGCCAGCGUCAUUCUCAAGCUCACCUGCCUGGCGCAACCAUACAAAGACCGAUGCCUGGGGCGCGUCGUCCUCGGAUCCUUCAUGUUCGCCCGGGGCCUGGCGCAACAACACUGGACCGAUGCACUGGCAGCAGCACCCAAGCAGAUCAACCGUUGGCACCGGCUGUCCUGAAUGCGGUCGCGCCCCCCUGUUCCCCCAACUCCCAUCCCCGACCGUGCCACUGCAGGCAGACCUGGCGAUGGAUCGCCAUCGUGGAUGCUGUCAUGCGCCAGAGAGGGCCUAUUGGAUGCUUGCUGAAGCAGCGCUGUCAUGUAGUGCCGUCUGAAUUUGUUUGUGACCUGCUUUGAGUGUGACGACAUGGUGCUGUGCGGUCCCUUCUUAACCUCUAUAUUAGUAUUGCAUCGUGUGUGCGGGUUGUCCGUUUAAAGGUAGUUUAUAGUGCAGGAAGGAGUACCAGUCAGUAUUGCUCUGUAUUAUCGCAAAAGUCACAUGUAUCUAUGUGCGCACAGUUCAGACAACCACAUUCCAUACCACGAAGCACGCCUCUAACGUCUGCUGCGUAUUGUGGCGUUCUAACAACGCCACUGCAAUAUGACUCUUAAACCACUAUAUAAGACGUGCGAUGAUGAUUGUCGUAUAUCAUGUCGCAGCAUAUUUUGAUUACUUCUUCAGGCAUUCAAAUGUCCCGGAAUCUGCACAGGCGGGCUGUAUUUUCUGGGAUAUAAGAAGCUCGAUUUUUAUUUUUUCAUGCUUAUGAUAACCACCAAUGUGAUGGAGGAUGCUUAGAUUCCAAAGAAAGAAAAGCAUAGCAAUGUCACAGUCAAAAAUAUUAUUCCUUGAGUGACACUCAACAUCAUACAGUCCAAGUUCAUUUUUACUGUGGGAGAAAUAGCAGCCAGCUAGGUGAUCUAAUGAUUACCAUGUUAUUCUAUAGCCGCUUAUUGAGGCUUUCACUUGGUGUGAAGUCUUUUAUGCCACCUCUGAAUGCCUUGGUGCCGCUAAUAACAGCUUCUGCUGCUAUGGCUAUCCCGUAACUAACAGUCCCAAGUACCACUGAUUCUAUUGCGCGACACCACGCUUUCAGAAAUCAUUCGUCAAACAUCGGUUCAAGCAUUGACAGCCGCAGUUCAUGAACGUAAGUGGUGCUUACAUUCGCGCACAAUUUGUUAUCACCUUUAAGGGGGGUAGCCCACGCGGGUGCUUACAUUCGAAAAAAUACGGCGUCACCUGCUCAUACAGAAGAGCUAAGACCUUCAUACCGACAUAGGGCCGGCAUCACUUCGCAAAAAAAAAGAACGUCUCGACAAACUCCAAGCGAAGGAUCAACCAAAAUAAUACUGAAAUUUUAUGGCUCUUCGACUCCCAUGCAGGACCCUUGUUCACGUGAUUGAAGGCCACUUGACUGUGUACAAGGCUCCUCGAUGGGAGCCGAGACGUCAUUAAAUGUCAGAACUAUUCUGGUGGAUGCUUAACUUCAUGUUUUUCGACAUGUAUUUUCCGGGCCGGACUGCUUGCCGUCAAACUUUGGAUUUCAAAGAAAAAAAAAUCGUGAUAGCGGACAUGACAUCAACGAAGGUGGUACGACAUUGAGCAACACCUCUAACGAAUCGAAACGAUUUUUGGGGCUUGUCAAGAGCGCAUGCGCGAGACCACCGGCACGGGGCACGUGCUGGAUUCUCGUGAUGAACGACCCCAGCAAACGGUGGUGAACGUGGUCGAGCUGGUGGGAAACAAACACACAUGACUGAUUUGGCUUGGCACACUUUCUCCUGAUUUUUGGCACUUGUCCACACCACCCCUUACUCUCCUGCCUGUCACAUAUACUCGUACCUCCCUGGAUGUCGUAAGCACGCAGGGAAGAUGUCUCUUUGCGAAGUGCCAUUCUGAUGAAAUCACGUGGCAUUGUUUUAUACUAAUACAGCGGGGGCGCGACCUUUCAUAAAAAGGAUGAAAUAAAAGAAAAUGAGUAGGCGACACUAAUAAUGGUGGAGGAUGUGUUCACCUCAUCAGCGAUAUGUCUUGAUUUUACCUGUUUCUGAAUGUAUACGCACAAGGGCAAUGCUUGUGCUAAGUAUUAGGCAGAAUUUAUUAUCUACAAUUGGGAGGUAUUCAGGCUAUUUGCGUCACUUCUGUCAUUACUCUCAUAAAUGUCCUGAGGCAAUUUACGAAGGUCACAAUUGAAAAAAGACCGAGGGCUUGAAUUUAGAAGCAUACUAGUAGUUCUGCUCGACGCUUAGCCUCUUUGAAGUACGGCCAGUGAAGAAUUCCGAAAGAUAUCUAACGCCAAGAAAAAUGACCAACUGUAAUGCAUCUCAUUUCAGUACAGCUGGCUCCCAUACAGGAGUGUCUACUGGGUUGUUCGAAUGUACUGCCUUAAGCAACGUAUUACUAAAAAAUAUGCGCCAACCUGAGUUUGAGAGUUGAUGAAAGAAUCUGGCCGUUCAUCUAGCAAGUAUAUUUGACUCGCCUGCAGAUUCCGGAUUCUCGCCCACAGUCCAUCAACGGUGCAUCGGUGCAAUAUCUGUGAAACAUUCGCUGCUCAUCGUCCCUUCCCACGUUCUCCUCAGCCCCUAUGAGGCCCACCCCACUCAAUUAUACUGGCCACUGGCUACAAGGACAACAGUUACGAGCUUAUCCCCAAUUCCACACUAUAGUUUCUAUAGAAAGCGUUCACUAUUACCUCGCACUGAUUUCGCUCUUCUUCGACGGCCUUUUGAAGUUGUCGCUUAAUAAAUAAGGAGCAUUCACAAGUUAGAAGGCGGCGCCGCCUCAUUUUCUUGCUGCUAAUGACCCUGCACGUCCUUCAAGCACGCUCACAUGCCGUCUUAUAUAAAUUCCAGAAACCUGCCUUGCGCAUGCCUCAAAAUAUAGGUCUUUUAUUUAGGAAGCGCAGCAUGGAGCUAUGCAGAGGUUUUGAGACAAAACGAAAAUGUUACGCCCUUCUUUACGAUAGAAAUAAAUGCGGCACAGGACAGUUCACACCGUGAAAACCCUAUCUUCAUGAGAAGAAACAAAAAAUGCAGUCACGGGGGCGCGGCCAGCGGUUACAACGGCCUCCCGUUAGGUGGUCCUGACAGUAGCUCCUCAGGAUCAAAUAAAGUUUGGCGUCUGUCUGUCUCGUGCAUGCAUCUGAUUAUUGGCAAAGACCGCCGGCACUAUUUCGAGAUAUAUUUAAGACUAGCUUCAGAUUAGGCGAUAAAAAAAGUGAAAAAAGAGCCUUAGUAGUAAAUAAAAAUAUAUAUAUUCAGCGACUUCAGUUUUCUUUACUCCCGCGCUGCGCAGCUUUUAUUUAUAACUGCGACAGGCACAACUAAUCAUUGUGAAUUUCUCUCCUCAUCGUUUCAUCGCUAGACUGCAGAACUUCACGUCUUCUAGUCCAUGCGUCUCUCACCGUACACUUGUGUUCGGUAAAACGCGCAUCGACUGGCUGAAAAUAUAUGUGCUACUCGUUAGGCUGGCUGUCAGAAGUUCAAAAUCUGUUCUUGGCUCUGUGGCACGUAUUACCUGGUGAAAGUAAUCGCAUGCGGUUUUAUCACGGGCGCAGACCGUAUUCCCUAUAGACUAAAAUGAAUAGUGUGCCAGAAGUCGGAGCACAUUUUUUUUCUCUUCGUAAGGGCUGUCACACGUCAUAAUUGAGCAAAGACAUUUACUGAAAGCAUUUGGGCCCGAUUCAUGCAGAUACUACAGAAGCGACUUAAAAUGUGUUAGGCCGGGCCGUCGUUGAGAAAUAACGAUUCAAAUGGUCAUCGUUUGUUUUGCUGAAUGUCACUGUUUUGUCUUCUCGCUUCGAAUUUCACCUGAAAUUGUUUUUUCAAAGGCAGAAGUUUGUCGGUGCAUUCAAAAUACUAUAAAAAUGAAGCUGUUACAUGUGGUUUAUUGGGUUUGGUAUCGAUUCAAUGAAAAAGUUUAUUUGCUAUGCGGUUGUGGUUUUACCGAUAAAUCGGUUAAAGUGGGUAGCGAACUACAUACUAUUUUGCUCGCAGGGAAAACAUUCGAAAAGAAAAACAGAAUGCAGAACUGUCAAUGACAGAUCAAAAAUAGGCAACAUCCAUCUUUAUGCGUCAUAUAUAUUUUUUUUCAUUUGCCUUUGGUUCCCUGCUUCCUCGUACAAACGAUCGUGUGAAAAAUGUGUGAAGGUUUACACAGUACAGAUGUGGUCUCGCAAUUUCAAAGAAUGGCGGGAGCGGUUCAUCUGACUCUGGAAAUUGUGUUAUUGAAAUGUCUCUCAUCAGGUUGAGCACUGCCACAAAGCCCAGUGCGUGGACUAGGUGCUGAAGAUUGUGUCUGCAAAGUAUUACGCCGAUGUACCCCGCGAGAAUGCCUGAAAAUUAGGAAAGCCCACCGGCCACGACACAACAGCCAUUUUCCUCGCCGGCAAAGACGACGUCACAGGUCUCGCCUACAGCCUCAGAAGUCCCGCCUGCAGCUCGGAAAUUUCAGUAACGCGAACGCAGGCAUUCCCGUAAACCGCAUCGCGUGCAAAACCACAAUAAGGGGACGCAUUCUCGGACGGUCACUUUCGGAGAUAUCACUUUCAGUGCGCGCUGGUUGGCUGGUUGAGAAAAAGGGGAAGAGCUGAUUGGCUGGUUGAGCACUGAGUCACGUGAAAAGGACAGUAUCACCGAAAGUGAUCGUCCGUGAAUACGUCCGCAAAUAUGCGCUGAGCAGCAGAGCAUGUGGGGUUCACGCAUCACGUAUUUUUCUUUUUCUCUUUUCUUUCACUUCUUUUUUUAAGAGGGGGUCGAAAUAUCCACCACUCACGAGUGGCUGAACCUGGUUAUAACGAAGGCGAAGCUCCGCUUGGACCGCAACGUGAAAAAUAAACGAUUUGGAAUAGAAUCGUUACAUUACCGUGAUCCCGUACACUAUAGGGUACUAAUAACCCUCAUAUUGCAGAUAUAGCAAGCUGCGAGCAAGCGCUUGUUAUCGUCGCAGCAAUUUCGAGAGAACAUUGCUAAACUCAAAACAAGUCGUGGCUACAGUACCAUAGCGUUUCUUUGCGCUGCUUACUGAAGCAUCUCUUAAGCGGCUUCGCCAUUUGUCUGCCGCUUAUAUCUCAAGAUUCUUUCAAAAUUCGUGGAAACCGUAAAAAAUAAAGAGCCGUAAGAAAGCUUUCCAUCCACAACCUAUAUGUCUUCUAACCUACUAUCACCAUUGUAACCGUCAGAUAUGCACAAAACGUGAUCUCCAGAAAGUACCAGCGCACCAGAUCAUGAUUGGGUGAUAAUUUGAUCGACAAAUUCUGGCGGAUCCAAAAUUUCCGCGCCUGCCCAAGAGGAAAAUGGCUACUUGUGGCUGACGUAUUCGUAGUAAGUUUUCGUACUUCAACGUUGUAUUGAAAGAACAGCAAUUAACCAGGAGUGGAGUUUCUAAAUGGAAUAGGGGAAUGCUACAUUUUUGCUAAAAUAAUAUCCCUGUUUUGCUGAAUGUAAUUCGCUUUUAUCUAAAUCGCGGUAAGAAAUAAGGUUAAUUACACUGUUCAAACAGCGUUCGUGCAUGCAAUUUUUAAGCUCACAGCACGACGAUACCAUUCUCCGACUAAUCCACAGUAGGCGUCAAACUGCAAAACGAUGGCCUGCAUGCCCUCUUUUCGCACCAUUUGCUCUAUUACCAAUUACGGUGUAUCUUAGCUGCGCAGCCGCACAGCUAUUGCUGGCCUGCCAGUGAGGCACCACUCUCGUAAAAGCGAACGCUCUCGACUGCAGACUGCCUGCGAGACUAAAUGUCGCGCAGGUCGUCUGCAGCACGCCGUUCCGCUCUCUAUACAAGUGUGCUGUACAGUGUUCCGUCUAUUGCUGCUUUCUCCGUGCAGUCAUCAAAGCUCACACCUUGUUUUUUAAAAGCCUACGCUGGAGACGUCAGUCAUAGUGCAUUUAACGUGCUUUUCGCCGAGGUUUACUGGCUUUUAGGCGUAAGCUGUUACAGAAAAGCAAAUUAACAUCUGAAUAAGGAAUAUUUAGCCAUCUAGUGGCGAGAAAGUCUUAUUCUAAUAUAGGGGUCAAGGGUCAUGUUGAUGCGUCCUGGUGUUCAGCUACGCAGUUGACAGCUAUGUCACUGUCACUGGUGCUUCAAAUGUCGUAAAUACUGACUAGCGUUUCUUGUCUAAAAAAAAAGAAAUCUUGUUAUUUGAUAAAUCGAGAAACGCAUGUGCAAUCAGAUUAUUAUCUGUAAGAGUUGUCUUUUUACAUUGGCUAGCUACAAUAAGAGUUUAACAAACAAAACAUGUUCGUUGGUAAUUUGCAAUUGUUGCUGAGUCACUAGUAGUAGCAGCCCCAAAAUGAAAAAAAAUACGCAUUUUCCACUAUGCAGACCUGAUUUUUUUUUUUUUGGCGCAGAGAAAUCGCAACCUUGACAAGUUUCGUUUAUUUACUGAACUAUUCGGAUGAUUUGGUCGAUUUGGUUCUGAUUUGGUUACUGCGUCUCUCGGCAAAAGUGAGCUCAGUCCCUCAGAGCAGCAAGAUCGGCUUUCUGCGUCCGCGAGAUACAGCCGUCUCAGGUGAAAGUAAAUACUAUGGCCUCUGCAAUCGCUUGGUAACAAUCAAAGAAGCGCCUUGAGCCUUCUUACUGUUAUGAAAUGAAUGCUGUACCGGUAAGAUCGCGUCAACGAAAAAGCCGGCGUGCUUUUGCGUGAAGAGGCCACGCGAGGAUGACAGAGCUUAUGGUACCACAGGACAGGCAAGGGAAAUAUUCUCUAUCGAUCGCUCUUUGCAACAAAUCAUAUAGCGCGUCAAGGAGUGUCCGAUAAGCGGGUGCCGCCACUGACAGCUAUUCUGUUUAGCAGUUCCACCAAAUAUACGGGCGUCAACAGGGUGUACGAAACUUCUCCCGGAAUGUCAGGUUGCGAUAGCGAUGGCGCGUUAUUCACAUCAACUGGUCAUCACGGCAGCAAUUUCCCUUCACCAAAAUGUGGCCGCCCUAGGCGAUCAAAAACACACACACACGCACACACACACACAUCACUUAACGUUCUACUCGUCUUUGAUAUCGUUCUUUCUCAAGCUGAUUGCUGCAUGGUGCGGAAAAGGUGCAGAAAAUGAAUUCUGCGGGUAACCAUGAGGCGAUGAGAGAGUGCAAGUUGCUAUCCAGUGAAAUUCUGUGCGAAUUCAAAAAGGACAUUCAUUCAGGUUACACACAAAUUAACUUUUUUUAUUUAUUUUGCCCUUAUUCCGACAACUGAAAGUUUGUUGACCAAAACUGUUUUCUCAGACCUACUUCGGAAAGUCGGUGGUGCUGAAUUUGGUCACAAAAACAAGAAUUUCUCUUCAACUGGAAUGUUGUUUAUUCUGAGAAAAUCAUAAGGGUUUCCUUUGCAGUUUCUUGCUUCAUUCUGGGGGAUGCCGACACUGUUCUUCAAAAAAUUUGCAUUAAAAACCACCAGAUAUGGUGCGGCGUGGAGACACAUGCGCGUGUAUCUUCAUGCUACCACGUUUCAGCAACUGAUCCAGGCAGAAAUAUACCAAGCCUUAAAGCCUGACUGCGCAUCUGCAAACUUUUCACCUCCACAUGUUAUUAUUUGUCAGCUUUUCACUCCAUGGUAAAAGAUGCAGCUUCUUGUUACGCCACGGUGGCUUCAAUUGUAACCAAAUUUAGCUUCUGUUUCUGUCUUCUGUAAUCCAACACUGCAAAGUUCAAUUCUAUUGAUGGAACUGUUUUUGUGAGUCACACUUCAGCUUAUUAAAGUUUUCAAGCAUCCUGUCAGUUAGGCUGACGAAAAAGCUGCUUCAGUUAGCAUUUAUAUUCCUCUUGCAAGUGGUUUCGUGUGCUCUAUUAUUGCGCAUGCAUGGUAGCUUUGAGCAAUAGCUGUUUUAUCUUAUUAGUCAUCACGGGCAUCCUUGUAUUGUGCGUACUUCUAUCUGUGAACUCCCAGCAAAAUACUGUAUACAGAUAUUGAGACUAUCCUGUUGGUGACUUACGCAUAUUCAUUUUCAGACUACGACAGUGCCGUACAAAAUUCAGAGAAUGACUUGUGUAAUAAAACUAACUAUUGCCUCUCAUCGUGCAAAAGGCUUCCAAUUCAAAUAGAGGAACCAGUAUAAAAGAUACAUAUUUUUGUGAACGUUGUGAUGCCAGCACUGAAUGACCUUUAAGCAACUAACAGGCCGGAGUAAGCUUGUGCUCAUUGUCAAUAGCAUAAAAGGUGCACUUCACAAAACAGUACACCUUGGCUGAUUUCCUCUCAACUUCCGUGUAGGGAAGGUGGAAGGAUGCGUGUUACGGCGCGGUGUGCGACAAACACGCGAUAAGGCAUCCCAUAAUGAACUUCAUAUAAUUAAUGUAAUUUUCCUCCGGCCUCUGACCUUGCUUGUAGGGGACUGCUUUUCAACUUUUGCGCACUAGUUCACUGCGAUGUAGCACAAAGUACCAGAAGUGUAAAUAUUUAUGAUCUUUAACACUUACUGCUACCGAUUUAUGCUGUGGACACUGUUUUGGCUUGUAAUCUUGAAGGCUGCGUCUGCAUUUUCGGAAAUAAAUCUUCAUAUUAUAUCCAUCCCUUGUAUUAUCGCCCAUCCAAAGAAUAAAAGCACUUAAACAUAAAAUAAAGACGCUGUCAUCUUGUGCU